AGCAGGACCAUUAUCAAGACCCUUGAAUGCAUCGUGCGUCAUACGGUAAAAAGGGGCAGCUGGGCUCUCCCAACAACUCAGGAGAGAGCUCCCUUGACAAUUUUAACAGUUUAAUAAUCCCUGAAAUCUAACGCUAGCUGACAAAACCAUACUGAGACAAACUUUGCUAACAGUUAGUAGUUGGCUAGUUGGUUAUAGUAAGUGAGUGAGAGGGGGGACCCUUUGGCAACCCUUUAACUGAUCAGCUGUGAUCACGUUCAGCAGCAUUUGUGGUCCGUUAAAAGAAGCCAUACGUGCUUCUCCGACAGAUUUUUAUGGAGGCUGUUUUGAGCUGUAAACCUGAGGAUUUGGAGGAUUACUACGGGUUACUGGGAUGCGAUGAACUGUCAUCGACUGAACAGAUUCUCAAUGAAUACAAGAUUCGAGCCUUGGCAUGUCAUCCAGACAAACACCUCGACAGCCCAAGAGCAGUGGCAGAUUUCCAGAAGCUGCAGGAAGCCAAAGAGGUUUUAUGCGAUGAAACCAAAAGGAAAAACUAUGAUCUUUGGAAAAGAAGUGGAGUUACGAUCCCAUUCCAUGACUGGCAGGCCUUGAACGACUCAGUGAAAACUUCAAUGCACUGGGCUGUGAGAAAUAAGAAGGAACCAAUGUUGGAGGCCUCCAAACCAGAAGACCCCAUCACGUCACAAGCAGAGAGCUUUCACUGUGAGCAGCAGGAAACGGGGAAAUCUUCGUGUGAAAGCACGGCAUACUCGGGUGAUUUCUGCCAUCGACGCUUCCGCUGGGCUGGUGACUCUCCAUCUAAUCUGCUGCGGAAAUUCCGAAAUUAUGAAAUCUGAAUAUAUUAAAACUUUCAUGUUGUCCAAGUGUUGCUAGACUUGGGACCAUUUUAUUGUAAUGCCAGCUUUUAUAGAGUAUGUUUAGUUGUUGUGCAGCUGUGACAUCAGUAACUGUCUCACUGUGUUUACUCUUGCCUAAUAAUUGGUGGGACUGUUGCAAAGCUAACUGUCAGGUGUAUGUUACGUUUGGCUAAAUUCUUUAUUAUUAAUAUUAUUUUUCUUCCGUGGUGUGUACCUUCCCUACAGUUUGUUGUAGAGACACCAUUCUGGCACCAAAUUGCUCCCUCAUUUUAUUUCUGUCAUGUUUGAAUUAUUUAAUGUGUCCUCACUAAUAGCUCCUCAUUCAGGUGAAUGGGAAAAGAGAGCCAGAAAAAUGUUACUUCAGCCAUCAUUUUACCACUGAAUCAUAUAAAAAUUUGUCUUUUUUCUAACAAUGUCUUCCUCAAUGUCUACCAGAUGUAUACUUUUUGAUCUGGCGGCAUUUGAGUGAGACGAGUUCCAUCUCACCGCCCAAUAGACUUAUAUGAAGCCUAC